CGCUUCUCCGGUCCCAUCAAGCGGAAGCCCGUGUCCAGCGCCGCGGCGUCGUCCUCGCUUGUCACGCAGUAUCUUGCUCAGGGCUCGCCUCAAGUUCACACCACCACCAUCGAGCUGCCCAAGCCCGAUCACAGAUUCGCGCGGUCGCCAUCCGUCGAUAGUCCCACCUUCUACGAGUACCCUGCCUCUAAUCUAACUCGAAUCCCCUUCAGACAAUCCCAAUCCAGAACAGCGCCGGCGCCAAGCGACGACGAAACAGUUACUGCGUCGGGAAACAAUUCCACCCACGGUGGGCCUUCUUCCGCUGAAACAGCUGACACGGAGCUCUCUGAUGUCCUGUCAGUGUACGACGAUUUGCUCCCGGAUCUGACUCCCGACGGCACUCCCGACGGUGCUUCUGUCAAAGCUCACAACCACAUCACGGACGCCACCUCCGACGUCGAGUCCAUUUACGACGACAACUCGAACCCUCCUCCUUCUCCCCCCAUGUUAGCUCCAAUCAAGCACGCACCUCCGCAUCUACGGCUAGAAAAAGUCGACCCCUCCAUCAAUACAGGAGAAGGGCCGCAGACAUACAUAGACGACUCGCCACAGUCAGCCGCAAUAGACGGGUCGCCGAAGCUGAACAAACCGCUACCGCGGUCGCCAGGCGCAACCUCUCCAUUGGCCUCCAUUUUUGGUUGGGGAAAUCCUUCACCUUCGGUCACAGACUUCUCCUCCCUCCCCUCCCCGUCUCCUUUGUCACCGACCGCUAAAGGUUCGGCCAAUGACAAUCGACGAUCAACAAACAGUUUAUCAUCCAGGCACACAAAGUCCAAUGCAACAACAACUCUCGCCCAACAACGUCAAUCAUUCUUCUCCACCCACUCACCACACAUCUCCCAAAAUACAGCUUUGGUUGACGAGAUGGAGGAAGAGCUGAAAGCCAUCAGCUCCGAGUUGGCGGCAUCUAUCCGCCGCGAGAUCGACCUGGAAGAUCUGGCCGACAGGCUCCAGGAGCAACUCUCCAACGCCCAGCCGGCCGGCAGCAAGAGAACGAGCGACUACUUUUCCGACUCUGGCCAUAGCACAGCCAAGCUUGGCGAGCUCGAUGUGAGCCGAGACGAAAUUGAAAAAGUGCAGAGGAAGUCAGAACAGGAGAGAGCCGAGCUCCGUCUUGAAUUGACAUCUAAAUUGCAAGAAGAGAGGGAAAGGCGAAAAGAUCUCGACCAGAAGAUUAGGCAGCUCCAAGAGAGAGCAUCCGAAGUGGACGUCGUUGAAAUCAACAACAUCGAUGCCAGCGAGCGCAUCAAGGAACUGGAAAACACUUGCGAGGAGCUCAGGCGGAAACUGUCUGAGGAGCGCCAAUCCAAGGCCAACUUUGAAGACAUUCUAUCUGCCCUCAAGGGUCAGCUACAGGAAGCCUCUGAUGAGCGAGACAACCUCCGCGAUGAAGUCGUCCCGGAGCUAAAGGCGCGAGUCGAAGGCCUAGAGGCGGAGGCUGCUGAGUAUGCCAAUUUGACUUAUGAGUCCUCCAGGAUGCAGCAGGAACUUCACACUCUGAAGCGCGAGAACAGCUCGCUGCGCAAUUCCAUGGCUGGCGGCUUGGAAGACCUGCCCUCUAAGCGAAUGUCGGUAAUAGGCCUAUCAGGCCUGUCCGGCCUGGGCGGUUUGUCUAGGUCAAACUCUGUGGGACUCGCGCGUUCAAACUCGGUUGCUAACCCUCGAAACCGGGCCCCUCCCGGAGUUGGUGGUCUUAAAAGAACUGAUAGCUUCAAGGCUGCUGCGCAGACCGAAUCUCGAGAGACUUUGCUCGAGCGACUGAAAGAUGUGGAAGAGCAGCGCGAUGCUCUUCACGGCGCUCUCAAAAGUCUCUUGGAACGACACGAGUUCCAAAAUCGGGAGUACCAGAAGAAGAUUCGCAUGUUGGAGAAUGAACGCCAGCGACUCACAAACGUGUCGCCAAGAAAAGCUGGCUUUGAAAAGGACAUGUCCAAGCUGCGAACCGAGAUCAAUCUCCUGCGACGACGAGCUGAAGACGCCCUCGAGCAGAAGUGGCAGGUUGAAAAGGGCCUUGGCGGUCUGAAGAUUGAUCUUGACCGUGCUGAAGAAGAGAUUCAGUCUUUGCGUGGUCUCCUCGAGGAGAACGAUAUUCUGAUCCCCCCCUCCCUUGCUCGCCAGAGCAGCUCUAGCGACUCUGCGCGAGAGCCCGUUACGUCCGAGUCUCUUCGAAAUGCGUACACCGAGCUGCAAGCCUCGUAUGCCGAGUCUCUAGAGCGCAUUCGUCAGCUGGAAGCGGACUCUGGCUCUGACGAUGAGACCAAAGAGGCCAUGGCGCGCCUGGAACAGUCGCUCUCCGCCGCAAUUUUAGAGCGUGACGCAGCCAAGAGGCAGAUUGACCAGCAAAAUAUUCAAAUCAAUGUCCUUGCGGCCAGCGAUGCCGGAUCAGCUGCAGCCGACAGCACUCUGGCAGAACAACUCAAGGAGUCUGCCGAGCUCAUCGAACAGCUCACAUCUCAAGUUCGACAGCAGUUGGAUACCAACAGCGAGCUGCGAGAGCGUCUGGAAGCUGCCGUCGCCAGGGGAGAGGCUGAUCGCAAGACCAACUCUCAGCGCAUUUCGGAGCUCCAGGAGCGUCUCCGUGUUCUGGAGGACCAGGUCGUCGCCGCCCAGACCGCGUCUGAGGACCGCGUCGUCCGCCACGAAGAGGAGAUUACCAGACUGCGUGAGGCGCACAACGAGCAGCUGCGUCGUCUUCAGGCCGACCCCUCUGGUAGCUCCUCGCAAAAGUCCGGCCCCAAGCCGCUGCUGAGCACUAAGGCCAUCCCUGCCAAGAGCCUUGAGGAAGAGGCUGAUAUGAAGACGCUUCGGGCACGUGUCCUUGAACUUGAAAAGGCUCUUGCGGAAGCCGAGGAUGAGAUGCAAGAGGUCGUGGCUAGGAUGAACAUGGCUCAAGUCGAGGUCCUCAACCUCCAGGAAGACCGUGAGGCCGCAGUUCGGGAGACUAGGCGACUUGAAGAACUGCUGAAGAAGGAGCAGUCCAAG